GUUGCUUUCAACCACCCCAAAUGGAAAGGAAAAAUUUUUUAGCUAAAAACAUUUUCCUCCUAUACUUCUUAGGAUUAAUUUUUCUUGGAGGCAUAACACCAGUCAAUGCUGCAGUUCGUUGCUGUAAAUUUGAAGUGACAAGAGCUUCGCACACUAGGCUAUGUACCAAAAAGAACAUGCUAACAAUAAAUGGACAAUUCCCCGGGCCAACGCUAUAUGCUAGAAAGGGAGACUUGAUCAUACUCGAGAUUGUUAAUCUAGCCGACCAAAAUAUAACCAUCCACUGGCAUGGGGUAAAAAUGCCGAGAUAUCCAUGGUCUGAUGGCACCGACUUUGUGACACAGUGUCCAAUUAGACCUGGAAAAAGCUUUAGACAACGGAUUAUCCUCUCCGAUGAGGAAGGCACUCUGUGGUGGCACGCUCACAGCGAUUGGUCUCGAAAUUCAGUGUAUGGUGCCAUCGUGAUUCUACCGCCGAGGAGGGAGACUUAUCCCUUCCCUAAGCCUCAUGCUCAUGUUCCAAUCUUACUAGGAGAGUGGUGGAAUGCUGACGUGGAACAAGUUUUUGGGAAAUUUCUCGCCGGCGGUGGCGAUCCCGAGGUCUCUGAUGCUUUUCUAAUCAAUGGCCAGCCCGGAGAUUUGUAUCCAUGCUCAAUGCAAGAUACAUACAAGCUCCGUGUGGAAUUCGGCAAGCGUUACUUGAUCAAAUUAGUAAACGCAGUGAUGGACAACAUCAUGUUCUUCAAAAUCGGCGGCCACAACUUCACCGUUGUGGGCACAGACGGUGCCUACACGAAGCCGAUCAAAACCGAUUACGUGGCAAUAUCCCCGGGCCAGACCCUCGACCUUCUACUCGAGGCUGACCAGCCACCCAGCCACUAUUACAUGGCCGCUAGAAUCUACGCUAGCGGCGGAGAAUUCGUGACCAUCCCCACCACCGCCACCAUCGAGUACGUCGGAAACUACACCGCGCCGCCAUCACCCCUCCUCCCAUCCUUCCCCGAAUUCGACAACUCAGCAGCAUCAAUCGAUUUCACCAACCAACUCAAAAGUCUCGCAACCAAUAACUACCCUGUCGACGUUCCUCAGAACGUUGACAAAACCCUCUUCUACACACUUUCGGUGAAUCAGCUGCCAUGUCGGGAAAGCUCGUGCCUCGGAACGACGAGGCUGCUAGCGAGCGUGAACAACGUGUCGUUGGUGCUGCCAACAACGGACAUUCUUCAAGCUUAUUACAGAGGAAUCAGUGGCGUUUAUGAUUCUGAUUUCCCAGACUUUCCGCCUUCGUUUUUCAACUACACAGAAGGCGUAAAGGUGAAGGAGCAGUCCGGGUCAAGAUUCGGGACUGCGGUUCGUGUAAUGGAAUAUAACACGACGGUUGAAGUGGUGUUUCAAGGAACCAACCUUGGCGGAGGCGUUGAGCAUCCGAUGCAUUUACACGGAUACAGCUUCUACGUUGUCGGGUCAGGGUUAGGAAACUACGACAGAGUCACGGAUCCAGCUAGCUAUAAUCUUUUCGACCCGCCAUUGAUGGAAAACAUUGCGGUGCCGAGAAAUGGAUGGACUGCUAUAAGAUUUAAGGCCAACAAUCCUGGAGUGUGGUACAUGCAUUGCCAUUUCGAGCGGCAUGUGAGCUGGGGAAUGGGAAUGGUGUUCAUCGUUAAAGACGGGGCCGGCACCAACGAGAAGAUGCUGCCGCCUCCCUCGGAUAUGCCGCGCUGCUGAGGAUCUCUCCCCCUAUAUUUUUUUACCAAUUUUUUAUAUUCGAGUGAAAUGGAGAGAAAUGAAUUGAUUGAAUGAUUUUGUACUCCGUGUUGUAGUCCAGGCAUCCUUUUUGAGUCAAAGUUCGUCUUGUAUAAUAAUUCGUCACACUUCUCCGAAUUUAAUUAACUACUCCCUCCGUCCACAAACAAUAGAUCACUUUUGCCAUUUUGGGACGUCCAUAAAAAAUAGAUCAUUUUCUUAAAAUGGAAAGUUUAUCA